CAACGGAAGUUGGAGCAUUUUCACGGUAAACAAACGAAGCGCCAAGUUCCUGAAUGAAUGAAACCGAAAUAAACACAACUCCUGAUCUCAGUGUCUCCCAAUACAGUGCAAUAAAACACUGAGUUAUUUAUAAUCACACCAGUGUGAGGGUAAAGGCAGGCUGGCACAAGUCACCUGGUGUCCGUGGACUAUGAGAGACAGCAGUCUGACACACACACACUGGAACAAUGAGCUGACCACGAGACAGUCCAGUGGCGGUGCGGCCGGACGCUUCAUAAAAACGUCGCAGCUCAAACUGAGCCACAGGGAUGUGAAUAUGGUGGAAUCUGAGUCCACUGCUCCUGUGGAAGAGGACGAGAAAAUAUACAUAGACACACAGGAGGGAGACACAGACAAAGCUUUCAGGUGGAGAAAUGAAACAGUGGAGAGCGUUGGGCCUGUAGGCCUCAGAUCCAGAGACUCGCCUGGUCACUCUGCCCAGUCACGGUCUAACUGGUUCAAGGAGAGGAAGCGGGUGAGCUGGGGGCUCAGACCACGCCGCUGUGUGAACAUUCAUCACACGUUAGCGUGGCAGUGGCGGUCCUGGCGACAGACGGCCAAGUGGGCGGGGACUUCAGGGUAUAGGUGGGUCUGUGGAAUAAGGCGGGGCCGACAACCGAAACACCAGGAACUACAGAGCAUGCUCACAAACGGCAAGAAAGAGGGACCUGCUGCUGGACAUGACCCAGACAGCUCAAACAGACUUCCCGUGGUUAGGGAGAGUGGACACAGAGCCAACAUGGCUGACAGUGAUGGGCGGAGACCUCGGGACAACCCAUCCAAUCAGAAACAGCUAAGCAGAGAGCAUAUCUCCUGUGUACAAAGGAUCCUGGAUGAGUUUCUGCAGCAGUAUGGCAGCCUGAUCCCCAUCCAUGUGGACGAAGUGGUGGACAAAUUGCAGACCAUGUUUAAUGAGAGCUUUUCACAUCCACACAGGAAGCUGAUGGUGCAGCAGUUAAUGCAGUCGUACCAGCGAAUGUCUGGUUCCACCAUGAUGCGAGAGUUCCGUGUUAAUUACAAACGCCACGUUCUCACUAUGGAUGACCUGAGCACACUGUACGGUCAGAACUGGCUUAAUGACCAGGUGAUGAACAUGUAUGGGGAUUUGGUCAUGGAUGCUGUACCUGAUCAGGUGUACUUUUUCAACAGUUUCUUUUAUGACAAGUUGAGAACAAAAGGAUAUGAAGGCGUGAAGCGAUGGACAAAAAAUGUGGAUAUUUUCCAAAAGAAGUUCCUGCUCAUUCCCAUCCAUCUGGAGGUUCAUUGGUCUCUGGUGUGUGUGAACGUUCCUCAGCGCAUCAUCACCUACUUCGACUCCCAGAGGACCCUGAACCGUCGCUGCCCAAAGCACAUAUGGAAGUACUUGCAGGCCGAGGCGAUGAAGAGAGAGCAGAGGGAGUUCUACACAGGCUGGACAGGGUUCUUUAAAAUGAAUGUAGCGAGGCAGAAUAACGACAGUGACUGUGGUGCGUUCGUCCUGCAGUUCUGUAAGUGUUUGGCGCUGGAGAAGCCGUUCGCUUUCACACAGCAGGACAUGCCCAAACUGCGCCGACUAAUUUACAAAGAGCUCUGUCACUGUAAACUCACACUCUGACACACACACACACACACACACUGAGCCUUCAGCACUCCCUCAUCCACUGAGUAUGUUGGGGGGGGUGAGAGAGAGAGUGUGUGUGUGUGUGUGAGAGAGAGUGUGUGUGUGUGUGUGUGUGUGUGUGUGAGAGAGUGUGUGUGAGAGUGUGUGUGUGUGUGUGUGAGAGAGU